AUCACGAGGGGUAGGCUGUCUGGAAGGUUUGAAUAGGGAAGUUUACAGAGCUUUAGGUUUUGCAGUUAGUUCAGUGUUUGCAAAUAGAGUACAGUUGAGGUGAUUGCAGUUCUGUAGCAGUGGAAGCAAAAACAAUAUUUAAUUGCUGUGCAAUUGCAUAUGCAAGUACUCCAAGGUUACUUGCUUAAAUACAUUUACAAUAUAUAUCUAUCAAUAUUAACAAAAUAAAUUAGUUUUUGAGACAUAUCUUUGGGAUUAAAAAAAAUGGAUGUUCUACCAAUGUGCAGCAUCUUUCAAGAGCUCCAGAUCGUCCACGACACGGGGUACUUUUCAGCUUUACCAUCGCUGGAAGAAUAUUGGCAGCAGACGUGCCUGGAGUUAGAAAGGUACCUUCAAAAUGAGCCUUAUGUGUCAGCGUCUGAUCUCAAGUUUGACAGUCAAGAGGACCUCUGGAGCAAACUUAUCUUGGCUUGUGGGGAUAAGGAGUCGGAUUCAAAGAUCCCUCAUAUAAAAGAGGAGGACAGUCAGGAUAAGCAAAACGUGGAGACCAGCAGUUUAAACUCGGACGCUAGCAGUGAGUUGUCGGAUAGCUCGGAGGAGCUCUCACCUACUGUUCAUUUUACCUCAAAUCCUUUAAAUGAUGUUUUGGUCAAUUCUGGACACUUAAGCUCUUCAAUUAUUACCACUCCACCGUCUUCUCCAGAACUAAGCAAGGAACCCACCACUCCUCAGGUGUGGAGGGGCCUACAGACAGAGCUGCACUCGCCGGGUAAAAUUCGGAUCAGUGGUGUUGGAAAGACUUUAGAAAAGACUAACCCAGUCAAUGGAGAGACUUCCCCAGAUGGUAGAAAGCGGGUCCAUAGGUGUCAUUUUAAUGGAUGCCGGAAGGUUUACACAAAAAGUUCUCACCUAAAAGCACAUCAGCGCACUCAUACAGGUGAAAAGCCUUACAGGUGUUCAUGGGAAGGUUGCGAGUGGCGUUUUGCAAGAAGUGAUGAAUUAACCAGACACUUCAGGAAGCACACUGGGGCCAAGCCAUUUAAAUGCAGUCACUGUGACAGGUGUUUCUCAAGGUCUGACCACCUGGCUCUUCACAUGAAGAGACACCUUUGAGUGUUGCCAGAAAAGCAGGAAAAUCUUGUCUGCUAAUUAGCUUCAAGGUUGAACUGCCCUGAGAGGAGGGAUGUGUGUUCCAGCCAAAGCAUGCCAUUUUGCACCCUAUCCAGUGCCUCCAGGACUUCUCCACAAAGGUGUUCUGAAGGCUGAAACGAAAUCAAGUACGAAGCAGCAAAGCAAAAAAAAAAAAAAAAAAAAAAAAACAACGCUGAGUGGUGCGUGAUGUGUGGGGGUGGGGGGGUUCCUGGACACAUACACUGGUACCUAUCCCGAUUGGCUUGUGCAGUAAGAAUGUUCUUGACUGGGUGACUGUACUGUGUGUUACUGUAUGAGGAGCUAACAUUGCUGUUGACUGGCUGACAGGGAACGAUUUUGUUUUAGUGUUCUUGUGGUCGUGAGUAGACUAUAAGAACAUGGGUCUGAAUGUUGAUGCGUGAGGGCAAGGGAGCCUGGAUGUGGUUUGCCACCAGGCGUCUCCACGGGGCCAUUUUGAGCCUUUAUUCGCCAUAAAGGUUACGGCCCGUUCCGUGGUGGAGACGGAAACCUAUUCCUGAAUGAGAGGAGCUUUUUUGGUGUUUGGUGCAGCUAAUAAAUGUGCAAUGUGUUAAGUAGCUUGUUUUACACAUGCUACAAAGCUCAUUUGUAAUCUAUUGUAUAAGCUGUGUAUUUAGAGAUAUAACACAACUAUAACUUCAUUAUAAUAGACAGGUGUUGCAUGGUUUCAGGGUUUGUACUCUUCCUGUUCAUUGUAAUCAGGACUGCAAAUUGAUUCCAAUAAAAGAGCAGCUAAAUACAA